AUGACCGAAGGAAGGUUUCGCUUCCCGAAAGCAAUCGAGAUAGAAGAACUUUGCGUAGAGAGAGCAGUACCGAAGUGUACCAGGUAUAAAAAUAAGUGGGCAGUAGGCAUUUUUGAGGAUUGGCAACGAGUGCGAAGUGUAAAGUUUCCAAUAGUCGAACUUGGUGAAGUUUUUAAAGAGUAUGAAUUGGACAAAGUUCAGCCGCUUACUCGGCCCAUAACAGAGAUGGACGCAUUGAAGCUCAACUAUUGGUUAUCCAAAUUGGUGUCAAGAGGUGGCAAAGUUUUCCAAAGAUCCAUACCCUCCGAAAAUACGUUGUACCAGAUUGUCUGCGGCAUUCGCCGAUUCAUAGUGGAAAAGAAACCAGCCAUCGAGUUCAAUCCCUUGGACUCUUCAGACAAAAGUUGCGUGAAUUGGCGUUAUUGGAAAGGGGGGCCGUUCUCUUUUCCUCAUUACAUUUGCUAUCUUUAGGCGAAUAUUGGACGCAGAAAUGAUGGAUGGGACUCGAGCUGGCGUUUGUUUGAAAGCAAAGAAAGAAAUGUACUGUAAACUUUAA